CUCACCUUCCCUCCCAAAAUAGCAUGGGAAUAUCCAUGGACAACAACAAUAAUAUCCAUGCUCCUACAGUCGCCUCCGGACCUACGUCCGGAGAGGCUCCUGCUCGCGAUCUGUCCAAGCUCGGUGUCGUCGAUCUCAUGCAAGAGAAAGAACGCAUCGAAGCGGAACUCUCAGCUCUUAGCAGCGUGCUCAGCUCUCAUGGCGUUCACAUGAAUACAUCUUUGACCACAUUCGAUGGAUACCCCCGAGAUGACAUAGAUGUCGCCCAAAUACGAACCACCCGAGCGCGCAUCAUCAGACUACGAACGGAUCACAAAGAAGUCAUGUUGCUUCUCGAGAAGGGGAUACAUGAUCAUUUCGCGAGCCUGCAGCGUGCGCAGGCUACUGCACCAUCCGAUGGCAACACUAAUAAUACGCAAGCUGUACCAACCAGUGCAGCCGAUAAUGACGCUGCAGGGAGCGAAGCAGCCGGAGUUCCUUUUGCGAAAGUCAAUAGUGUUGUCCCUGGAAGCCCUGCGGACCAAGCCGGACUUAAAGCUGGCGAUACUGUACGGAGUUUUGGAAGUGUGAACUGGUUGAACCACGAACGUCUGUCGAAAGUUGCUCAGGUUGUCCAGCAAAAUGAGGGGCGCCCCGUGGCGGUCAUCAUCACCAGAAAGGAUACGAACUCGGCCAAUACUCUUGAGCUCAGCCUGGCGCUCACUCCUCGCCGUGACUGGGGUGGCCGGGGUCUGUUGGGUUGUCAUCUAGUUCCUCUAUGAUACGAGCGAGUUCAUCAUGAGUACUGGCAUUACCAUGCAUGAUUCAUUUCGUCCCUAUCACGAUGCAUGUGGUAUGGUUUCAUGACUUUCCUUUCUGUGUUUGAGCAAUUUCAAAGGAGCAUCUAGGGUGGCGUUUCAAUCUGUCUCCAUGAGGAAACAGCGGAUUAUGAUGAAUAGGUUUAAUGCAAUCCUCCUUCUCGACGUUGCCAUAAUAGGUAGUGGUCUUCUCGUCAAUAGCACGAAGCACGGGAGUUCAACAUGGUCCUAUCUUGACAUUGUCAUUUAAAUUCCUGGGUGCAAGUUUCGCUUCACUGAACGAGAGGGAAGCAAGUGUGCUUCGUGCUCGAAGCGAGCUAGGAUGGGAGGUGGAAAAUGCACUUGGCAACUUUGCAUCCAGUGGAUGGAAACUUCCGAGGACUGCAAAAGGAAGC